AAGAGGUUCACAACAGUUGAGUAGUCAGUGCAAAUGAGCCAUAUCCUGCUGACAAUUGAGGGGGACCGAAGCUGGAACAUCACAGUGGCAAUCUGCACGAGUAGAACCCAACACAUUAACAAAGUAAGAAGAAGCGAAGACAGCGAUGUUCACCCAACUGAUGUUAGUAUGUCUUUGCCUACGAGUCGCGAACUCCAUGCCACCGGACAAGGUCCCAGUCCACAUAAUCAAAGCCCGCAGUAUUGACUUAAACAAUGCCCAUGGCUUAUCAAUGGAGACCCGUCUAGACAAAGUGGUAGAGCCUACAGGGUACCGUCUAGAUCUAGAACCUUACCUCGAAGAUGGUCUCUUCAAAGGCCACGUGGCCAUCAAUGUGACGUGGUUGAAGGAUGGCAAUGAAGUCAGCGUGCAUUGUGCACAAGAAAUUGAGAUCUUGGAGCAUGAAGUUAGAGCUCAUUUUCCUGGUGAUGCCAAGGAGGAUAAGAGAAUUACAGUAAAUAGAUUAUCAAUGGACCCUAAGAAGCCUAUUGCGACCCUGUCUCUGGAAAGGACGGUCACAAAGGGUUCAACCGGUGUCUUGAAGUUCAGCUUUAAGGGUAAUCUAGAGACCACAAGUACUGAAGCAUUCUUCAAGACUAGCUAUGUGACUGAGCAGGAGGUUGAAAGGAUCGUAGCAGCAACCCAACUUCGUCCAAACAACGCUCGUCGCAUGUUCCCCUGUUUCGACGAGCCUGGGUACAAGACUCCGUUUGAACUUAGUGUGGUCCGACCCAGGGAUAUGAUCGCCCUUAGCAACGUGCCUGUUGCAAAAACUGAAAACAUUCCGGAUGAACCAGAUGCAGUAUGUGACCACUUCGAGAGAACCCCACCGAUGUCUACAUUCACACUCGGACUGGUGAUAGCUAACUUGAAGCAGUUAGGUGAAUCAACACAAGUCAAAGAUGAUGCUGGCAAUGAUAUUGAAAUCCGCGUAUGGGGUCGUCCAGAAUACCUAGAAGCUUUAGCCGGUAUCAACGAGAAGGUGGUGCGAGUGUUCAAAGAGCUGGCUGCUUUCUGGAAAGUUCCACUGCCUCUGAAGAGGUUGGAUAUCGUCGCGCUGCCCAACUACCAAGGAGUCAAGCCUGCUGAUAACUGGGGACUUAUCGUGUUCAGGGAGAGUGAUCUUAGCAGCCGUGGCUACAUCCAGCUAGCUCAGGAGUUGUCAUACCAGUGGCUGGGUGCUCUCACCACCCCUGCUUGGUGGACUGACGCUCAUCUCAACAAGGCCCUUGUUGGGUAUAUCGCUGCUGCUACUGCUUUUAAGAUAAACAACGGAUCAGAAAUGGAAGGCAAAUGGCCACUCACGGUGCUAUACUCCUUAUACUACGAGUUCAGCAAGCGUUACCCUCACUCCCGCAUCACGGGGAUGAAGCAGGAAACGGCUUGCACCAAGAUCGAGCUUCUAUUCCGCAUGUUCAACUAUACAUUAGGAGAGGAGACUUUCAAGAAUGGCCUGAGGAUGUUCUUGGAGUCACGCAAAUUCAAGACUUUCUCCGGCGAUGACAUCUGGAACGCCUUAAACAAAGCGGCACAAGACGAGAAGAAGAUUCCAGAAGGGGUUGACAUUAAGACUGUUGCUAAGAGCUGGAUAGAGAAGGAUAGACUGCCUCUACUCAAUGUUACUAGAAACUAUAAAGACAAUACUGCUGUUGUUACACAGAAAGUUUACCUCCGUGAAAGACCCCACGACGUUCCCGAAGCUGCUAAGAUGUCGUGGUGGUUACCUGUUGUCAUGACACAAGAGUCAACCUUGGAUCUGAAGGAUACCACCCCAGCUGCAUGGAUGAAGGAUAGAUCAGAACUGACGAUAGGUUCAGUACCGAAUAAAGACAAGUUUAUUAUUGUUAACCCUGAGGAGAUUGCGCCCUACCCAGUAAACUACGACCAAGAUAACUGGAACCUCCUCUCAAACUUCUUACAAAGCGACAAGAGGACGAUGAUACCAGAACUGACCAGGGCCAAGCUUCUCCAUGAUGCAUGGAACCUCGCGUAUGCUGGUGAACUGUCCUUUGUCACUGCCUUCAAUAUGACACUGUUCUUGAAGAAUGAGAGACACCAUCUAGUUUGGGAUCCUGUGUUCACAAUGAUUGAUCAUUUGGGAAGACAUAUAUGUCAAUGUCUCCAUGGAAAGUUUCAGGCCUACGUAAGAGUACUCCUCAGUCCUUUAUACGAGGAGUUAGCAAAAGACGAGAAGGAAGAUGAGGAGCCCUGGCGCAAACACCUCAGGUCUUUGACCAAGACCUUCCUCUGCCAAGCUGGGUACAAGCCUUGUAUCAGAGACGCGCAGGAACAGUACUCCAAGUGGAUGCAAGCCAAGAACCCUGAUGAAGGGAACCCCCUAUCAAACCAGUACAUCUGCCCAGUCUUCAAAUGGGGCACCAUGAAGGAAUGGGAGUUCGGCCUCCAACGAGUCAUCAACUUCCCCCCCUCGAGGAAGCAGAGUGAGAGGACCUACCUCCUCAAGACCUUGGCUGGAUGCCCUGAAUCCGAAGCCAAGAUCAACAGGCUUCUGAACAUGACGCUGUUGGAAGGGAAUGUGAACUUCACGGAAACUGAUGCCUUCUUGAUCUUCAGUAUGCUGUCGGGGUCGGCAGCAGGGUAUACCACUCUGUUCAACUUCGUGAGUAAUAACUGGGAUGUCUUGAAGGAGAGGUACUCAAGCAGAACCAACCUCUGGGACAACUUAAUCACGUCAGCCACAUCACAGUUCACGACCGAAGAAGGUCUCGAACUUGUCUCCCAACUGUACGUCACGCAUCAAGGCCAGUUCGGUUCCGCUGAGCACAUCAUCGAGAAGUCCAUGAGGAACAUCAGGGAGGAAGCCAAGUGGUCUGCGGAGAACCUGCCCGUGAUCGAAGCGUGGCUCGACAACUAUCUAGCCAGUAGCGAGGUUAAGGAUGACAAAUUUAUCCACAAGUGAUUUGUUUGUGCUGUAAAUUAAUAUAUUGGUUUAUUGUGUAGGUUU